AUGAGGAUCGAAACCUGUCAUCUCUGCUCCCGCCCCGUCUACCCGUCCAAGGGCAUCACCUUUGUGCGCAAUGAUGCCAAAGUGUUUCGGUUCUGCCGGUCAAAAUGCCACAAGAACUUCAAGAUGAAGCGUCAACCUCGCAAACUCAAGUGGACGAAGACGCACCGCGCUCUCCGCGGGAAAGAAAUGAUUGUCGACCAAAACCUGCUGCUCUCGCAGUUCGCCAAGAGGCGCAAUGCGCCCGUGAAAUAUGACAGGAACCUGAUCCAGGCCACCAUGAAGGCCAUGGAGAGAAUUGAGGAGAUUCGAGCACGGAGGGAGAGAGUAUACACAAGGCGAAGAUUGAGUGGCAAGGCGCAGAGAGAUGCACGACGCAGACAAGAUCUCAAGGUCGUGGCCCAGGGCGAGCAUUUGAUCAAGAAGGAGUUGGCCGACCUCGAGGCGGCGAGAGCGGAGAUGGAGCCCAUGGUCGACCAGCUCAAGAGAGAUAACGAGGCCAGCAGGGUGCUUGGGGAGGAGAGGCUUCGGCAGAAGAAAAAGAGGAAGAUGCUUGUUGGUGGAGGGACGGAAGAGGAGAUGGAUUUGGAUUGA